AUUCAUGAUUGUAAGCAAAUAGGAGAAAAGAAAAGAAAAUGAGGAAGGAGCUCUUCCUUGCUCUGGAGAAUGACAAUCUUGGGGAGAUUCAAUACUUAUAUGGGCAGGACUCACGUGUUAUCAACGAACUUACUUUCCAUGGAGAGAAUGUGUUGCAUAUUGCAGCAAGGGAAGGCCUCAAAAAUAUUGUUGACUGGAUUCAUAAUGAUGGAUCCUUGGAAUCCUCUUUGGCUAAGGUUCAGAAUGAUGAUCUCAAUGCGCCACUGCACGAAGCCGCAAGAAAUGGUCAUGCAGAUGUAGUCGAAAGUCUCCUUCAACGCUGCUGGAGUUGUGCCUCUCAGCGUAAUAAGUUUGGAGAGACGCCUCUAGCAAUAGCUUGUAAGUAUGGCCACAACGACACAGUUAAGAAAUUGUUGAGAGAAUAUAGUCGUGGGACUGUAACCCAGGAAACUUAGGAGCAAGGUGCAACCUCUACAAUCGAAACUCAUCAAUCUACUAGCCAAACAACUUACAAGGAUGGUGUAUUGCAUGCAGCCGUGCAGAGAGAAUGUCUUGAGAUUGUAGAAGAAAUGCUAAAGCAUAGUGUUUGGCAAGACUUAAUGAUAGAGCAGGAUAAGUUUGGAAGGUGUGCAAUUCAUGUGGCAGCCAUUAAUGGCCGUUGGGACAUAAUCGAAAAAUUUAUAUCCAUAAGGCCAGACUGUGUGCAAAUCCGUAGUUCAGAUCACAAAUCUGUUCUACAUUUUGCUGUCGAAUGCAAUCCAUAUGAGGUAGUGAAGUUGCUUCUAAAAGACAAAAGUGAUUCAAAAAUAGCGGAAAUGGUGAGUCGUGAUCAUGACAAUUUACAGAAUACAGCAUUACAUAUGGCAACAAAAAAUCGAGUGGAUCUCCAGCUACUGGAUCUUCUCCUCUCAUCUCCAGUUGUAGAUGUGAAUGCCCGUAACAUUGACGGCAUGACUGCACUUGACAUAGCAUCUGCAGGAUCUCAAAACAACUCCCAUUGCCCAACCAUCGAAUGGAAACUGAAAUGCGCCGGAUCAAUGAAAUGCACCCGAGCAAUGCACGCUAGAGGCGAGCCUAAUACAAUUCCUGAUGAUAUCGUUAAUACAUGCAUGGUAGUGGCAUCACUCAUUGCCAUCGUCACAUUUGCAGCCGUCUUUCAAAUCCCAGGGGGAAUUGAGGAAGAUGACAAAACCAAAGCACAGUAUGGAGCUGCCAAGCUGGCAUUACAUAAACUUUUCAGAUUGUUCGUAUUCUCUGACACUGCGGCCUUCAUCACCUCCCUCUCAGUGGUGGUCAUAUGUUUAAUUAAGCGACGGUGGCAAGAAACACAUUUGGGGUCCUUAGUUCCACAUGCACUGUCCAAUAUCUCUGCGGUGAACCUGAUAAUCUCAAUCUUCUGGACUGUAGUAGCAUUUGUGACUGCCACUAUUCUCAUCACAGUACCUCGAGAUCUUGAUAAAUUGAAGCAUCAUGAAGCUUUCACCAAAUAUCAAUCGCUUUGGCAAAACGAGAUAUGGCUUGUAGUCGCCAUACCAUAUUUAGUUGUACUUAUCUUCUUAAUUGUUGGACCCCCGUUUGCUGCGGAAAAAAGAACUUUAAGGGGAAAUUUGGAAAGGCUUCUACAUUGGGUUAAAAGGACUUUGAGGAUGCCGAACCUUUGCAAGAAUGCUGUGAAAUUAUAUCGCGAUCUGGGUAUUUUUAAAAUCUUCCUUUGUCAACUUUCUAUAAUGACGGCUUUUAUUCUCAUCAUGUCUUUUGUUUGAGCGAACUGUUUUGUAACAAAUUUCUUUUUCCAUAAGGUAUAUUGUAAAUUGUAAUUCUUUUGAGAGUAUGUAUCGGUGGUCUUAGGACAGGGGCAAGUACUUCUUAUACUUUAUAAUGACGGCUGGUUGUCUUUAUUUGGAGACAUAUAAAUCUACUG